GCUGUCUUCAGGACUAUCAUUUGCCCUGCUGGAUUAGCGCGUGGGGUCCAUUGGGGCGGAAUUGGGACCGGGAUCCACCCGAACGAGGCCGAUACAGGAGGCUGUACCGGUUCUCCUGACGUUGUUUUACCCCACGUUAACAUCCCACUUCGCUGUUUUGACAGUUGAUAUCUUCCCCAUUGUUUGGUUCUAUAUCCUCAGACACGCAGAUACAAUCCAACUCGAGAGAGAGAACAGGAGAAAAGAACGACCUCUUCAAGAAAAAAAAAAACAUUCAAAAUGCACCUCCUCUCCGAACCCGACGUGGCCCAACUCCUCCGCCAGCUAACCCCCGCACAAUGCUCAACCCUCCUCGACGCCCUCACCAACGCCCUGGUAACCUUCACCACUGACGAGCGCCUCCCCCAAGAAGAGCGCCAGCUACACCAACCGCUGCGCACAACCAUCACCACCAAAAAUGACAACCUCUCGCUCUUUAUGCCCGUGUCCAACACCGACACCACCGGGAUCAAAAUCGUGACAGCGUCACAAUCACACGGCAUCAUCGGCGUCAUCAACAUCUUCUCCCCGGAAGGCCGACUCCUGGGCCUGCUCAGCGCCGCAGAGAUAACCGCCUUCCGCACCGCGCUGGCCAUCAUGACGCUCUUCGUGCGCUGCGUCUCGCUACGGAAGGAGAACGUGGUCAUCUUCGGCUCGGGACGACAAGCCGAGUGGCACGCACGACUGGCACUGCUCCUCACUCCGGACCAGCAGAUCAAACGUCUCUCGUUCGUCAACCGCAGUCGUGCCAGACUCACCGCCAUGCAGAGCGUCAUCGACGACCUGCAAUCCGCCCACCCACACCUCACAAUCACCACCCUCGCCAAAGACGGCACCACGCCCGAUUCCUACGAAGCCCAACUCCAGCAAGUUGUCGGGUCCAGCGACGUCAUCUUCAGCUGCACCCCAGCCACAGAACCCAACUUCCCCUACUCCUACCUAUGCGGGGAAGCGGGCAAGCAGCGCUUUAUCUCCCUCAUCGGCUCGUACAAGCCUCACAUGCGGGAAAUCGACACGGAGACGCUCCUAUCCGGCGGGAGCAAGAUCUACGUGGACUCCAAGGAAGCGUGUCUGGAGGAGAGUGGGGAGCUGAUCCUGGCGGAGGUGAAGGAGGACCAGCUGGUUGAGAUUGGGGAGUUGUAUGGACGGGUGGGGAGUGAGACGGUUGAGGUGCCUGAGGGGUGUAAUGUUGUUUAUAAGUGUGUUGGGAUGGGGAUUAUGGAUCUGGUGAUUGGGAAGAAGUUGUUGGAGUUGGGGGUGGAGAGGGGGUUGGGGAUGGGGGUGGAUGGGUUCUGA